GUACGGAGACCUGACAGGCCCACGCUGUGAGGAGGACGGAGGCCCAAGUUCCCCGGAGUCCAAGGCCAUCAUCAGGAACGCCAUCGCGUCCAUCCUGAGGGCCUGGCUCGACCAGUGUGCUGAGGACUUCUGGGAGCCCCCUCUCUUCCCCUGCCUGCACCGGCUGCUGGCCUACCUGCAGCGGGCCAUGCCGGGCUCGGACCCAGAGCGGAGGGCUCAGGGGCUGCUGGAGCAGUUCCAGAAACAGGACGUGGAGACGGACAACGGGCCUCCCACCACCAUCUCCUUCUGCCUGGAGGAGGAAGAGGGGCUGGAGGCCGGAGGACCGGCAGAAUUCACCUGCUUCUCGGAGGACCUGGUGGCGGAGCAGCUGACCUACAUGGAUGCGCAACUCUUCAAGAAAGUGGUGCCCCACCACUGCCUGGGCUGCGUCUGGUCGCAGCGGGACAGGAAGGGGAACAAGCACCUGGCGCCCACGAUCCGCGCCACCAUCUGUCAGUUCAAUGCGCUCACCAGGUGUGUUGUCAGCACCGUCCUGGGCGGCAGGGAGCUCAAGACCCAGCAGAGGGCCAGGGCCAUCGAGAAGUGGAUCGGUGUUGCUCAUGAAUGCCGGCUCCUGAAGAACUUCUCCUCCCUGCGGGCCAUUGUGUCUGCUCUGCAGUCCAACUCCGUCUACCGGUUAAAGAAGACGUGGGCCGCGGUCCCCAAGGACCGCGUGCUGAUGCUGGAGGAGCUCUCGGACAUCUUCUCAGACCACAACAACCACUUGACCAGCCGGGAGCUGCUGAUGAAGGAGGGAACCUCCAAGUUCGCCAACCUGGACAGCAGCGUGAAAGAGAACCAGAAGCGUAGCCAGCGGCGGCUGCAGCUCCAGAAAGACAUGGGCGUCAUGCAGGGGACUGUGCCCUACCUGGGCACCUUCCUGACCGACCUCACCAUGCUGGACACUGCCCUGCAGGACCACAUCGAGGGCGGCCUGAUCAACUUUGAGAAGCGGAGAAGGGAGUUUGAAGUCAUCGCCCAGAUCAAGCUGCUGCAGUCGGCCUGCAACAGCUACUGCAUGAGCCCCGACCCCAGGUUCAUCCGCUGGUUCCAGGGGCAGCGGCUGCUCACGGAGGAGGAGAGCUACGCCCUCUCGUGUGAGGUUGAAGCGCCCGCCGAGGCCAGCACCACCUCGCCCAAGCCCCGGAAGAGCAUGGUGAAGAGGCUGAGCUUGCUGUUUCUGGGACCUGACAUCAUGGCCAGUACCACGCCCACCAAAGAGCAGCCCAAGUGCACGGCCAGCGGCAGCUCCGGGGAGAGCAUGGACUCGGCCAGCGUGUCUUCCUGCGAGUCGAACCCCUCGGAGGCCGAGGAGGGCCCCCUCACUCCCGUGGGCACACCUGAUGAGCCUCAGAAAAAGCUGUCACAGUCCUCCUCGUGUUCCUCUGUCCACUCCACGGACACAAGUUCCUCAGGGAUGUCGCCCUCCAACCCCCUGUCGUCCCCUGCGUCCUGCAGCAGCAACCCCAAGACCCACAGGCGCUCCGUGUCGGGGACGUCCAUCACCUCGACGGGGCAGCCGCCUGUGUACAACCAGCAGAACGAGGACACCUGCAUCGUCCACGUCAGCGUGGAGGACGGCCGCGGCAACAUGUACAAGAGCAUCAUGCUGACGAGCCAGGACAAGACGCCCGCGGUGAUCCAGCGGGCCAUGCUGAAGCACAACCUGGGCUCGGAGCCGGCCGAGGACUACGAGCUCGUGCAGCUCCUCUCAGAGGACAGAGAGCUGGUGAUCCCGGACUCGGCGAACGUGUUCUACGCCAUGAACACCCAAGUGAAUUUUGACUUCAUCCUGCGCAGGAAGAGCCCCGUGGACCAGCAGGUGGCGCUGCGCAGCCGGAGCAGCCUCACGCUGCCCAGGACGGCCAGGCGGGGCUGCUGGGGCGGCCGGCACAGCAAGGUCUCCCUGUGACACCAGCGGGGGCUGCGUCAGAGCACCAUAGGCAUCGUGGGAAACCGAGCAGGAGGAGCGGCUCACGGAGACCCUGUGGGCCCACGUUUAUGGACACGCGUGUGCUUGGCAUGUUUGUGUGACCGCAGGGGCCUGGGGGCGGAGGUUGCGCUUCACUGGGGAAGUAGGGACCGAGACCCUGGUCUUCCCCCUCCCGGGUGGACGCGUCCUGUGGCCAGCGACCUGGUGCCCAGCACCACGUCUGAAGGUUUCCUUCUUGAUCGAACCCGCUGCAGAGGCGAGCGCUGCCCGGGUAGGACCUGCCCGUGCCGUGUGCCGCAGCCCUGGCACCGCCGACGGACGCGGCAGGGUCGCUGUGCAGGGAGCCGAGUCCCUGGGCACUGCUCAGCCCAUGCCAUGGCGGCGUGGGCCCUGCAGACCAUGUCUCCCGGAGGCGUCCGCGUCUCGCCUGCUGUGGAGAGGGACGCGAGAGCCCCCUUCCUCUACACGGGCCAGGCAGGCAGUCCCCAGGGCCCACGCCGGCUGCCUCGGUGACACUGCUCGGUGCCAGCACCACUCUGCCUGCCGGCUCCGGGCCGGCCGCAGUUUGACAGAGAAGCCAUAUGUAGGACAUCAGCGUGCGUAAGCACUCCCAGAGUGUUCUCUUUAAGCAGAAAUUCUCAAAAUACCGGGUUUUAUUCCGAAAUAAAGAGCGCGUGCCCGGAACAUGCA